AUGGAGUACGAAAACGAACAGCGCGGCUACGAUGACGAGCCUCGCGGCUAUGAGCGCGAUCGUAGCAGGUCUCCGCGUGGUGACCGUCGCGACGAUGGCGCGCGUGCCCGCAGUGCCUCACCUGGCGGUCGCGACAGCCGUGGCCCGCCGCCAGAGCGUAGGGAUGAUGACGAUGAGAGCCGUAACUCUGGCUCCAACCUCUUCGUCACUGGAAUUCAUCCUACUCUUAGCGAAGAAGAGGUCACCCGUCUCUUCGAGAAGUACGGCGAGGUAGAGCAGUGUAACAUCAUGCGCGAUCCUCACACUAAGGAGUCUCGUGGUUUUGGCUUCGUCAAGAUGGUCACCUCUGAGCAGGCUGACGCAGCGAAGGAGGGUCUUCAAGGAGAGGUCCAUCAGGGCCGCACACUCAGCAUUGAGAAGGCCCGCCGUGCGCGUCCCCGUACUCCCACUCCGGGCAAGUACUACGGACCGCCCAAGCGUGAGUUUGGCGGGCGUGGCCGAGGCGGCCCUCGCUACAACGAUCGAUACACUGAUGACCGCCGCGGCGGAUACGGUCGACGCGAUGACUAUGGUUCCCGUAGCUCAAGAUACGAUGAUCGCGGCUACGGAGGUGGCGGCCGCCGCGAUGACUACGGUCCUCGUGGUGUCGAUCGCUAUGCCUCUGAUCGCAGCUACGGUGGCAGGGAUGGCGGUCGCGACGGCGGACGCGAUGAUCGUCGGGGUGGUGGAGGUGGCUACUACGACAGGCCCCCACCCCCAGCUGCUGGCGCCUACGAUGCACCUCCUCCGCGUGAGGCGUACGGCGGAGGACGCUCGUACGAGGGUGACUACGAUCGCUCAUACCGCUAG